GAUUUCAAACUCGGCCCAUUUGCAAACUUUGCCCGCUGCACAAGAAAAGCGCAUAUCGCUCUCUUUCUCUUCCGUUCUUUCUGAACUUCUUACUCCCUCUCUCAAAUAACCACUGUACGACGAUCGAUCUCUGCGUACACUCUGAAAUCAUCGUUUUCGUUUUCUUUACCAUUCUCUUUAAAGAUGAAGCUGGACACUAGUGGUCUUGAAUCAGCGACACCACUAUUUUGUGCAAGAAGUGAGAAUGUUGAUGGCUUUUCCACCAAUCCAUCAUUUGAUCUUCCACAAACUACUGAUUUUGAUGGCUUUCAGAAAGAAGCUAUUCAAAUGGUGAAGCCUGCAAAGGGAACAACCACACUUGCUUUCAUUUUUAAGGAAGGUGUUAUGGUUGCUGCUGAUUCUCGAGCUAGCAUGGGAGGAUAUAUUUCAUCACAGUCCGUGAAGAAGAUUAUUGAAAUAAAUCCUUACAUGCUUGGUACAAUGGCCGGAGGAGCUGCUGACUGCCAGUUUUGGCACAGAAAUCUGGGCAUUAAGUGCCGACUGCAUGAAUUGGCAAACAAGCGCAGAAUUUCAGUUACCGGGGCAUCGAAGCUUUUAGCAAAUAUUCUCUACUCAUAUCGUGGAAUGGGGCUGUCUGUUGGGACCAUGAUUGCUGGAUGGGAUGAAACGGGUCCUGGGCUAUAUUAUGUGGAUAAUGAGGGAGGAAGAUUGAAAGGAACACGUUUCUCUGUUGGAUCUGGUUCACCAUAUGCUUAUGGUGUUCUUGAUAAUGGAUACCGAUAUGAUAUGUCAAUUGAAGAAGCUGCAGAGUUGGCCAGAAGAGCUAUUUAUCAUGCCACUUUCCGAGAUGGAGCCAGUGGUGGUGUUGCAAGCGUUUACUACGUGGGACCUGAUGGAUGGAAAAAACUCUCCGGUGAUGAUGUUGGAGAGCUGCACUAUAAAUACUAUCCAGUUAUGCCAAGUACAGUAGAGCAGGAAAUGGUUGAGGUGGCUGGGGCAUAAGUGAUACGGCUUUAGACGAGGUCUCUUAUGUUCUACCUCUACAUAGAUAAGGUGGGAUAAAUUGUUUUGUACUCCUGUGCUUCCCCUUGUGGGGCCAAAUCCAUUUCUAUUUUGAAGAACAUUGCUGUUAAUUGUUUCAGUUAUUCUGUCUUUGCCAAUUUCAUAUAACAAACCUAAUUGAGCUUGUGAACCCUCCAUUACUGCCAUCUUAAAUUUGUUUGUUAAAUAGUUACAUGUAUGAUUCUUAUUCUGAAA